CAAGGUUCAGCCAUGGGAAGUUACAGAGAUUAAGAAUGUUUUUAGGCGGACUCUAAGAGUAUCUUCAUGAAAUCAAGAAGAAAACGAAUUAUUAUAGUGACUAGGUAACCCUGAGUUCAUCAUGCGGCUGACAAGAAUUUUAUUGCAAGACAUCGCGAAGCUUAUUCAACGGUACAGUCGCUACCAACAGUCUUGUUUGUCCAUUGAGCAAUUCACUUCUUUUGGUGAGUACUAAUUUCGAUAUCACUGAUCAAAGCUGUAAUUCUAUCCCUUGUAACUUGAACUAUUUAUUGUCAUCCUUUGUAAAGGAUCAGAACCAGCAACAAAAUAUAGUUCUUACUUUGAAACUUACUUUGCAAAGACGUAUUUUUAGAGUCUUUUUAGCCGAUACGGUUGCUAACUCGAUCAUGUGUGUGAAUGCAAAAGAAGGCUUGAAUAUGCAAAUUGUAUCUCUGGAGAAAGAGGUUAUAUUCGUAAAAUAGUUUACUGCGAAGAAAAAUCCUGAGUUUUGUUUAUAUUUUUUCUGUUUUUUUAGUCAAUCCGAUCAUCGGAGUAACUUGAGGCGUUUCUACUCGCCGGUCGCGCGCUUUACCAAAGCGAUUUUCGCUGCGUGAUCAUUCGUUGACGCGAAAAAUGUGAAUUUCCCGCGCAUGAAUUUUAUUCCAUCCUUGUGAGCCCCACAAGCUAAAAAAAAAUUAUAUAAUGUACGCUAUCUUAAUAUUUUGCUUGUUGUUACGAUUUUUACUGCAAAAACAAGGAGAAAGUUUGGUUUAUUUACGAUGGCUAGAAUUUCUGUUUUUAUUGUGACGUAGCAGGCAGCGCCCCCACAACGCCCCCGUGUUCCGUGACAACAUUUUGUUAUUUCAAACCGCGUCCGUUUUGGAAUAGUUUGGAGAUCAUAUGAUUGUCACAAGUUUUAUGUGAGUCUAUUCAGGAAGUGUUCGUCAUGUUGAAAAUCAUGCCAUGUAUUCAUGUAGAACAUUUUAGUCAUUGGCAUCGAUUUCUUUUUUGUACAGCCAUCAUGAGAAACAAACGGUCCAAAGCAAAAACUGUGUAUUGUUCAGUAAAGAAUUCUAAUUAAAUUCUUUUUUUGUUUUGGCUUUGGUCUUCUUGGCAUGUAAACAUUAUUAAUAUUUAAAGCCAAACUUGCAUAGUGGUUCUGGCAAAACUUGUGUCUUUGUAACCCUCUGCAAAUCUUAUUUAUCUGAUGAAUUGAAGGAACUUUCAUUUAGCGGUAAUUUUGUUACAAAUAGUUAUGGUGAGUCCUGGGACUAUUAAAUUUUGUGAAAAAUCGUAAGUCCUAGUUAAAAAAAACAACAAAUCCGAAAUUGAAAACACUUGGGCCUUUAUGUAACAAGACAGUUAAUCUGAAGACAGACUCCAAACUUUGUUUCUUCACAUACUGCAAGUUAAAUAAUAUGGUCCUUCUUUUUUAAUAAAAUCACUCUUUUAGAUCCACAGUCAGCUGAUGGUUACAACAAUUUUCUAUUUAUGAAGAAUUUGAAAAUACCUAGUAAAAUUUUCCUUUUAUUGAUGUGAAGGAAACUUUGUUGUUACUGAGAUACCAUAUUUAAGCUCUAAAGGUGUGAUUUUAUGCUAAGCAUUCUCAGGGUGACAGUUAAUGUUAUAUACUUGAUAGGUUUGUUUUUCGUAUCAAGAAAAAUUAAUUGGAGAUGAAUAUUAUGCGUGUACGAUAAUGAAACUGUUGUAGGUGAUUAGAAAUUGUGAGAUCAAUAUAAGUAGUUGUAGGUAUGCUUAGUCAUAAACUGGAAAUGACAGUUAAGUGACUUAACAUUCUCUUAGUCUGGCAAAACCUUUUACUUUAGAACCUGCUGAUAUCACACAAAGUACAAUGCAGAUAAAGCAAAGUUUAUUUACUGCUUAUUGUGGGUAAAACUUUAGUGUUAUUUUACGAAUGUAGUUAAGUCAAAUAUAAUGUUUAAAGUGAUAUUUAUAGGCACCUCAUAUACUGUGUUUCCUUGAAUAAUAGCUGGGGGUGAUUAUUCGAGGGAAGGCAAAUACAUGAGGGAUAUUAUUUCAAAUAUUGCUCUCUGUAAGUUGUGCCCCAAAUAUUUUGCUUUAUUUUCCCAUUAAAUCAAAAAAUAAUCAUGUCAAAUAAACUGGACAUGGGCUUUUAAGUAUUCCAAGUUUAGUUCCUUGAUGAAUUUUCAGAGCUUGAAUCAUCUCUGAUCAGUUUUUUUUCUCUGAUCUCAUUGCACUUCAGCUUGACAGGGGGGGGGAUAAAAGGAAGAGAAGAUGGCGAGAGGGGUGGGGAAGGGGCGAUUGUUGGAGGGAGGUGAUUAUUUUAAGUAUUUCUGCAGUCAAAGGGGGGUGAUUUUUUAAGGGAGGUGAUCAAUCGAGGGAUGGCUAUUAUUCCAGGAAAUAUGGUAUGUUUAGCAUCUUGAGUCCAUUCAAGUUUGAUCCUAUUCCAUACAACAAAUUAGCUAGAAUUCAAACAAGAUAUGGCAUUUGCCAAUCACAAUCAUUACAGUGCUUUUUUCUUAUCAUUUACAUGGUACUUUUAAGUAAGGUCUUUCUUUUUAAACUUUCUUUGCAGGCAAGACUGCAAAGCCAGUGGAAUCUUUUCAGUUUGGACGACAUGAAUUACCAGUGCGGCUUGCUCACAUCAUCCGUGAGAUUGAUCUGCUUCCCAAGAACCUGCUUAAAAUGCCGUCUGUUGAGUUGGUCAGAGGCUGGUAAGAAUAGCAUGGAAUAAAAUGCAACUUAACUUCUUACAUUGCACAUUACGGAACGGCGCCUGUAGAUCCGUGUCGCCCGCAAAAUCAUGGGUCCCAUGACUAUUUGCGCGCUCACAAAGGAAGCCGACGCAUGUCGCAUCCUUUGAUUCAAGACUCAAGUGUUAGCGUAUUGUUUUUGGGAUACAAAGGUAAUUUAACUUUAGAAAAUCAAUAGAUCGAAGCUUUCACGCUAUUCUCUGUUUUAUAAGGAAAUGCAAACACUCAACUUGAUAAAUAUUUUUAACGAUUGAGGCCAGCAGAAUGUAUAGAAUGCCAGAAAAACGAUCAGGAAGUCAAAAGGUUUUGAACAGCGCUAGAAGUUGCUUUCAUCAGUAUGCUAAUCACCUACCUGAUCACUUACUUUCCAUUGAACUGAAAUAUGCUGACUUUUUUUACCACUUUUCGAUUUGCUUCGUUUCAUUUUAUACUCUUUUGUGCAAGCUGAGUUCUUUCAUAGGACUUUACGCUUUCAAAAGGAAAAAAACUUUGAGGAAACGUUGUGUUUACAACCACGGCAAUUCGUAUCAAUUUUGCUUCACUUACACUUAUAUGCAAGUUACUGUUCAUCUGCCGGAUUUCGCUGGAGACAAAAAUGUUGAUUUUGAAUUCCCAGAUGCUUGCUUUUUUGGGCACCCUUUUUAUUUUGGCUAUCAAGAUUUUAUAGGCUAAGCUUCAGACUUUUCAUUCCAACAUUUUAAUGCGGGAAAGUUAUGAGAAAUGUUGCAACUGAUUAAAGUCACACAACAUGCUUUAAGACCGCAUAACUUGAUCUUUCUGAUAUCUUUUGUUCUUCUGUUGUCUCCAAAACAAUAACGAUGUUUCACCAAUUUCCACCUACAAAUAAUAGGAGACAUUUGAUUGACAAACGUCUGCGUUUACUAGUAACGCGUUUCCACAGGCGCGAUUCCAUAAUGACAUCAUAAUCUUUAUUGAUUUGAAGUGCCAAGUUGAAUUCAGGUAGUUCCUGCCCUGCGAUUUACCAGAGGUUAUUCUCAUGUACUUGGUGUGAUGCCUCAUGGUUAUGACCCAUUUGCCCCUGGAAAUUUUGUGGUAAAAUGCAGUUGGAAGCUAGUUGGGCGAUUUCUGGUCACUGUCAUGCUAUAAAAGAUCUACGUAAAACUGCCCCAAUCCAAUUUAUAGGUAAAGCACUUUAAUGCAGCCUUCUGUUCCUGAUGCAAAAUAUUAGCUUGCGAAGUUCAGGCAUGCACAGAAAGCAAAAUUUCAAGAUAGUUUUUGGGCUUAUAAGUGACACAGCAGUCUUGACUUUUACUUUUCGUUUUCCCUCCUUCCCUCUUUGUCCACUUUUCUUAUCUCUUUUUUUUCUUUUGCUGGGCAUUUAGUAGGCUUCAUUUUGUGGGAAAAGUUUUAAGGAAAGUUUUUAGGGUCUUAAGAUUAGGUGAAAGGAAAGAAGGGGGGAAUGGAGCAAGAUUUUCAUAGAAACUUUCAGGUCAAUGUUACAAAGUUUUUUGACUUUUUCUCUGGUGUCCUUGACUGAAUUGUGCUCAUUUGGUAUGGUUGGAAAGAUCUCUUCACUCUGCACAAAUAAGUGGAAAAAGUUGUUCUUGACCAUUAAAACUGAUGAUGUCACGAGGGGCAGAAGGGACGUGGAUCUGGACGGGCAGUUACGGGUGGCUCAAGGGCGUAUUGGUUAAUGCCUAGAAUAUAAAUUUGGUCACUGUAAAAAUUCAUGUAUAAUCUUCACCUUUUUGCUAAAAUUUUAGGAUUAAAAUCAAGAUUGUGGCUUAUCUAUGAGCCAAUCUUCUGGCUAGUGCAACACCCUUUCAUGUAGAUUUAUAUCUGUUUGCAUCUAAGGAAUGCAUUCAAAGAAUUACAACAUCCAAUUCCUUACCUAAAGUCUGAGUGUAAAACUUUACUGACCUUAAAAAAUGGACUAAAAGUGCAGCUAAAUGGAUAAAACUUUAAAAAGUGGAAAGAAAAAGACUGAUUGGAACCUUUUAAAACAACAAAAGCUGGAAAAAUACUGAACCUGAUCCUUGUGAAGUAUUAUGUUAAAAGGCAUGUGACCGAAAGUAUGGUCAGUGAUCUUUUUGGGCAAAGAAGUUGAUUUGGAGACAAUUCUGUUUUAUAAUUAUUGUGAUUUCUAGCUCUUCAUCAAGCCUUAAUUUUUGUAAUUAGAAUGGAAGUUGUGUUUCUUGAAAAUAAUGCUUUUCCUUGAUUUGUUUCCAUCAUCUUCAUGUGUAGAAGGGGUGUCCAUUUGCAUUAAUUUUUCCAGAGGGUCAUACCAAACUGACAAUACUAUUCUAACAUAUACUUACCGCAUCUUAUGUUAUGCUAGCAAACAAAGUAUUAAUAAAUAGAGGUCAUAAUCAUUUAAUAAUUAGAUGUUUUUCUUCAAUGGAACUAUGAACAUCGUUGUUCAUCUAGGUGUUCCCUCAGAAAUUCCAUUGGCCUUCGAUGAGGGAGGUAUGGAUAUUUUCUGGCAUGAUACACCACUAGUGAAUUAUGCAACCUAAAAGAUAGAAGAACAGUAUAAACCAUUUGCUUGUUUGCUUUGUUGCUUCUGCCACUUGAUAUUAUCAGGGCGCAAAGAAAGUUAUUUACAACAUACCUGAAUUUGUGUUUUUUUUCAUGAGCAUUGAUUUUAGUUCUUCUGUCGUUUCAAUAUUCCCAAAAACUUACUUCCCCGUGCAGGGCUCAAAGUUUAAAUCUGAGUUUGGGAGCACUUGUGCUACCAGAUGUAAAUUUUUAGGUGUACUGCUGAAAUUUUAGGUGCACAGUUGAAAAUUUUAUGAGCACAGUUUACAAUGUUAAGAGCAUCUAUUUCAAAAGAAAAAGUAAAAAGCUUAACAGUGCCACAUAUAUAUGUCAUCAAGGACAAAUUAAACAUACACAGAUGAAAGGAAAACAAUGUAACUUUAUUAUUUAGAACCUGGUUGUGUUAUUCCUACAUUACUUUUACUAUUAUUGCUUGAAGCUAUAUGUACUGUUUAACAUUGUACUAGUGCAAGUACGUAAGGAAGCAGGGAAGCAAAUCAAUCACACUGGGGGUUUUAUGAAUGCACAGGUGCAAUUACACAUGAUGAGCAUGUUUCAGUCGAGGAGACCAACAAUAAAGUAUGAAAGACCAUAAAGUUAAACCCAAAAAUGCCAAUGAAAAUCUUGUUCCACUACCCACCUACACUACCUUCCAUUUAAUCCUGUGAUCCUAAAAGCUUUCUCAGAAUCGUUUUGUAACGAAAUGAAGCCUAGGAAAUACCCGGUAAAGGAAAGAAAUGGGGACCUAAGAAAAGGGAUAGAGGAGUGAAGGAGACGAAGUGGAAGGUGAAAGGCGAGUCCAAAAACUAUAUAGAAAUUUUGCUUUCUAUGCAUGCCUGAACCUCGGAAGCUAAUAUUUUGCAUCUGCAACAGAGGGUUGCAUUAAAGUGUUUGACCCGUAAAAUGAUAAAUUGGAUUUGGGCCAGUUUUGGCUCUUUAUAGCCAGACAGUGACCAGAAGACUGUUGGUUCAACUAGCUUUUGGCAAAAUUCCCAGGGCAAAUUGUUUAAAACUCAUUGUAAGUUCAUGUCAUUAACUUGUCUUUCAGGUAUGUCCAAAGUUUUAGUGAGCUUAUAGAGUUUCAAGAUGAAGAAGAAACAGAUGAAGUUACAAACAGGUAAUUACUUUUCCUUUGAAGUUUGCAGUCUCAGUUGAUUUGAUCCUAAUAAUCUGAUGAGGCUUGAGUUUUGUAACUCAAAUACCAUGUGAGUUGCAUCAAGCAAUAGUUGGUCAUCAGAAAUUUGUCUUGUAAAUGUACAGUAUUAUUAUAAUGGGCAAAAUUUUAUUUGGGUCUGCGACUCAAACGUGGCACUUUUGAUAGAAGCUGAAAUUUUUUUAACUUUGUUUGUUCUUGUAGUAUAAAUAAUGCUGUAAUUUUAUUGGGGUAAAAACACACAGAGAACAUUGGAAAUGAUUAGUAUCAUUUCUUAUCAACAGCUAAAAAAAAAUGACGUUGGUAAAGAAUUCAUAAUGCCUAGUUCUUGUUUUCUACUGUUGCAGCAACAACAAUUUUUGUAAACAUAAUUAUUGGUUCAGCCAAUUAAAGUAGUGAGUUUCUUUUUUCAUUUAAUUCUUAACUUUGCUUUUUCACUGGGAAAUUAUUGUAGGCUUUGAGUUUUGUUUGUCAAACAUCACAAAGCUAUGAUUGCUUAUUCUGCAAAAGUUUUGUACUUAAAGGUCUUGUAAAAAUAAUUCAGUUGGACUUUUGUACAAUGGCUUUGCAACAGGCAUUGCCUUCCUUCCUCCUUUGUACACACUGCAUUCUUGUGCACCUAAAUUUCCCCUUAGCUUUCAAAUACUUGGCAUGCAGCCCACAUGUACCUGUAAUUUUCUUAUUCCUUCAGAUUUACUCAAAGUUUAAAGUACAUCAAACAGCGUCAUGACAAUGUGGUUGAAACCAUGGCUCAGGUGAAUGAGUAAUCAUUAUUGUAUUGUGGCAAUAGUAAAUUUCAGCUUUUUUAUUUGACCUUUAGUUAAAUUGAAUUUGUUAUACUUAUUUAGGGAAUAAUGGAACUGCGUCAGCGUGAAGGAGAUGAUGCUUUUCAUCCUUCAAUAGAAUACUUUUUAGGUAGGUAAUGUUAUUAAAUAUUUUCAAGCAUUUUUUACGACAUGUCAGUACAUUUUUAAUUAUGACUUUUUCAGUCUUUUAAGUCACCUUGUAUACAAAGGGAGACAACAAGGCUCAGUAGUCAGGGCAUCAGACUUACAAUCCAGGAUUUUAUUCUCAUUCUGACCACUAGCUGAAUUUGUUCCAAGUUCAAAUCUUUUGUCACACUGUCUUGUCAGUAACAAACUGGUUGCCUACUAGCAAUAGGCCUUUUUCAAAAAUUUCAUAAUACUCUUUGUUGUCCCUCCAAAAUUUUGCGUAAGAAUUGUUUUCAAUUUCUCUUUGGACUUACAAUAAUUGUCCCAAGAGAAGUUGAAAACAAUGCUCAUGCAAAAUUUUGGAGAGACAACAAAGAAUAAUAUUAUUGUCCCAAGAGAAAUUGAAAACAAUUCUUAUGCAAAAUUUUGGAGGGACAACAAAGAGUAUUAUGGCCUUUUUGAAAAAGGUAUAAUUAUUUUCAUGUAACUGAUGCUUUUAUCCGGUGAUAAAAAUGUUUGUUAUUUGUUUUGAGGUAUUCGAGUGGAGCCUUUUAACUAGACAACUAAGUGCACUUCUGUUAUAGAUAGGGGAUUUACAUGUACACCAUACAUGUUCUUUUUUCUUCUCAUUUUUCAUGUGUUCUAACGUUUUACAUGUUAUGAAUGCUUUUUCUUUUAACAGAUCGCUUUUACAUGAAUCGUAUUAGUAUACGAAUGUUAAUUACUCAACACCGUAAGUAUCUAUCAAUAAUUUUUAUCGGAUGUAAAUUGUUAAUUUAAAUUACCUGUCAGUAAAUGCAUUUCACAGCCACAUAAAUCUGGUUGAUGUUAAAGUACCCAAAACAUGUUGACACAACAGUAAUUCAACUACUUAUGAUUUGUUAUGACCAACAACAAUCUGGAACUGACACUGAGAGAGUACUCUGACACCAAGCUGCAGAAUUUUCUUUUGGAAACAGUGAAGUUUGUCUCACUCAAGACAUAUCUCCUUGUUUCUCAUGUCUCAGCAGUAUUUCCACUUACUAUUUUGCUCUCGUGUGGAACAUUUGAUAUCACCCUGAAGACAAUUAACAGACUGCAGGCCGUUUACAGUCUGUGAAAUUCAGGGGACCUAGCACUGUAGUUUUCUGCAAAAGCUACAUUUUUCCUAGUCAGUUAAAGGCAAAAGUAAAGCAGAAGGGGCCAUGAGGCCCUGAUAUGUCUCAGCCCGGGAGUGGCAAUUUACUGCACAUAUAUUUAGCAGUGAUGUUAAAAGAAAAACUAAACAUACUUCACUAUUAUUCAAGCUACCUUUUUUACUCAACUGCACCUUCAAAAAUACCCCAUGUCUUUGUUUUACAGAGUAAGUUGAGCUGGUGGUAAGCUUUUGUCAGUGUAAUAAUAGCCAGCAGUCGGCUCUUAUCCAAAGAUGCUUGAUACUUGCAGUUCUUCAACCCUCUCGAGAGUUUCAACUUGAGAGACGAGUUUUGCAUGAGGGUUGCAACUUACUUUUGAGCGGUACUUUAAUGUGGAAUUGGCAAAUGCUAAAUAAUUUUCCACAAGGGUUUUGUUUCUAAAAUAACAGGGUUUUUGUUUUCUUUCUGUUUACCAGUGCUGUUAUUUGGACAGGAUGCUAGAAGUUCUAAGAGUAAUUUUGUUGGUUGUUUUGACCCAAACUGCCAUGUUGUGUCUGUUGUUGAAGGUGCUGUACAUUAAUGUGAUCUUUUGUUUAUUUAUAGGGAUAAUAAUUAAGAAUAUUCUGAAUUGAAUAGUCAGAAAUGUUCAAAAUUCUUGCUGUCGUACUGCCCUGUUAUCUUGCGGUCAUUAAAUCUCAAUAUCUCAAUUUAAUCUUUUUUUUAAUCACCAAUAUACGGUAGAACCUCAACAUAACGAUGGACCAAGGGUUUGACAAAAUAUGUUUGCCAAAACAACGUUUCGUUUUAUUGAGGUUCUUUUCUAUAUAUUUUACAAGAAAUUACUGGGGUAAAAAAAUCGUUCAUUAUACCAAGAACUUUGUUCCAUGGAGGUUUGUUUUAUUGGGGUUUCACUGUAUCUGGAGUAAACAAUAUGAUGUUGAUAAUUUGAUCAAAGGUAUCCAAAUUCAUGUACCAGUGAUUAUUGCUAUACAGUAUGCAUAAUAAUGAUGCAAUAAACACUUUAUGACUGGUCCCGAGGGAAACAUUGAGAUUUGAGUGAUUUGGUACAUAGCUGGAAAUUGUAUUAACGUCGUCGUAAUGGCGGUUGUCAGUCAACUUUCGCAAGUAACCGUGCGCUGUUACCUUCUUACAUCAUAGAUUUUGCAUUGUUGCCUGCUCAGAGAUUUUGGUGGGAAAUGGGUUCAUUGUUGAAUUUCAUGUGACCUUGAAACUUUAUGAGAGCGCGCGCUGUUGGGAAAAAAUGUCCAGCUAUAUAACAAGUAAUCUUAUUGCCAUUAGAAAAUCCACGAGAUUAGAUUCAAUUAACUCAUUUUUACUGUUGUUUCGUUUGUUCUCAGAUGCUAUCAACAAUGCUGCUUACCUCUGUGAGCAAAACUACAUGGCCUCUCCAUCGGUAGAAAUUUCUCAAGUGAAUGGUACGUUUUUAGAUUUCUGGUCCUUUGAGAUUCUUAAAAAGUCUAAUAGCGCUAUCCACCAGAUAAAUCACUUUCGACAAAUGAGAGGAAACUCUCAUUGCAUUUCAUUAAAGGUAGCAUUUUACCCUAUGAACAACUUAAAGUCUGUCUUUUAAACAACUGGGUCCUGUUUAGAUGUCAGAUGUUGAAGGUGAUCAGAGAAAACCAAUGUGGCUAAAACAAACAUGAGACCUGGUUAGCCAGCUGUCUCUCAUUGGGGCUAUGCAGUGGUACCCUAAUCGCAUUGCAGGGGCUCAUGGGUCUUUUUACAGUUUUCUCUUGUGGAAUAGCCUGUCUGCUUGUGCGUCGUUGCCUGUCAUGGCUCAUACUUGCAAAGUAAUUUUUCUGCUGCCUGCUUACUCAACUUGGACUUGCCACAAAUUGACCUCUAACAUGAGUUUCACAGCAGAAAAGCUGUAAAGCGAGCUGAACGAGCUUUUUAGGUCACAAGGUAGCCGAGCCAGCUAGAAACAAAAUCGCGAGAAGUCUUUGUGACGUGAGCGAAAUUUGAAAUAAGACGAAAGACUUCUUCAAAAGUCUAACAUAUACUUGAGAACGUAAACAGCAAAUCUCCAUCACAGUGGUGUGGUCCGGAAGGAAAUUUUGUCACAUCAAUAUGACAGCUCUGUUGUCUUUUUAAGAUGAAGCAUGUGCAUAAUCGGGACGCUGUUCCCCUUAAAUCAUGACAAAGACAUUUCAUGAUAUACAGUUCAAAGAAACUUCGGAGCUCAGUUGCAUGAUCUAUCCUACGUGUAUUUUUAGCACAGUUAUUGUAAUUAUUACAAACCACUGUUGUUAACUUGGUGGGCCAUUCACCUUGUCCAUGUUAGGCAAGGAUUAAACGUUUUCUUCUCUAACAUCAUCUCUAACAAUUUUUCCCCGAGUCUAUGCACAAAACCUUUCCUUUUUAUUUUUUCAUGUACCCCCAUAAUAAACAUUACAAAGUUGCAGUGUACUAAUUUUAUUAUACUUUCUUUGUGCAGCUUAUGAUCCAAAGAAGCCUGUUCAAGUGGCCUAUGUUCCUGGCCAUUUGUAUCACAUGCUCUUUGAAUUACUUAAGGUAUGUGACUGCCUGUUGAACUUAUGGACAGCACUUUUUCUCACUCGAGUUGAUCACACUUAUGUUUUAACAGGGGUUGCUACAUUCUUCUAAUUUUUGUCAAGAACUUAACUUUUGUAUCUGAGAAAGACAUGAUGCAAGUCACCAAACAAAGUCUAUGCUAUGAUUAUCCACCUUGUCUGUUUAUAGCUGGAAAAAUUUCUUUGAUCAGUUUAGCAUCAAGUCUGCAUUACAUUAACAUUUUAAUAGUUACUGGAAAAUCUUGUAGUCAUUGCAGCCUCCAUUCCUUUCCCUAAAGACAUGUUGACCAGACUGUGUUUUGUCUUUUCUAUAUAAAAAAUGCCACACACAAGUUACUUCGUAUAACCACAAUAACAACAUUAUGUUCUGUCUUAAGAAUGCCAUGCGAGCAGUUGUUGAACAGCAUGGGAGCAGUAUAGACAUUCCUCCUUUGAAAAUAUUAACAACCAAAGGGAAACAGGAUCUAACAAUCAAGGUGAGUGGAACAUGUGUCAAAUAAGAUCCAAAGUAUUAUGUCUUUUUCUUUUUGUCUAGUUAUACUACUAGCCAAUUAUUAGGCUUGCAAAGAUUGAAAAAAUCAGAAAAAAUCAAACUCAGACUAUCUGUGUUCUGGCAAUACUGUCAUCACAGGCUUAUUUUUGCCAGCCAUAUUGAUGACUUUCCUAAUUAAUUACAUUUCUUUAGAUUUCUGACCAGGGCGGUGGAAUAGCCAAAAGUGAAAUAGAUCAAGUGUUUGAGUAUCACUAUACAUCAGCUCCUGAGCCACUGACAACUGGUGCUGCAGCCCCCAUGGUGAGAGUUUUUUCCCUUUUAUACAUGUACAUGAAAAAUUUGGCUACAAUCAGCAAAAAAAAUAAUUAAGACACUGCCCUGAAGGUCAUUUGUGAUGUUCCACUAACUUCAAAAGGGCAGUGCUCAUAUCGUUCGUUGGAAAAAGUCUUGAACAACAAGUGCUUUUAUAAGUGAAACUAUUUUUCGUUUUGGUUAAAUCUUAUUCAGUCUUGCCUAUAUAUUUACAGCACACCAGGAAAAGAGCUUUGUUGCUGGAUUAUUUAAGGUCUCUAUUGAUCACACCUAUUUGUUAACCUUAAGUCUGGAAAAAGAAACUAUUGUUUUGGAAACAAGUCUGGAAAAAGUCUUGAAUUUUGGAUCCAACAAUCUCCACGAACCCUCAAAUAGGGAAUGAAGCAUUCCUUCCCCUACCCCCUCCAUGCCAUGUUGUGCUGCUCUCUGAACCUGUAGGAAACAACAAAUGCCCAAACUUUACAGGGCUGAGCUCUGGCAGUGCCUGGUGGCCCCUGGCAUUCAACUGUUGCUCUUAGGCAACUAGAAAAAUCUCAUUUCUCUCAUAUAAAUCACAUGCUGGACACCCUAGAUUUUACAGGUUAAGAGCACUGGGCUUCCCUCAAUUUUCCUCAGAGCACAGCCUUGCUUUGAAUGGAGGGUGGUUGGGAGGGGUGUAGAUUGUUUUGUUCUCCAAAGUUUCCCCAUUAAAGGACAGUGUCUGUAAGUUAUCUUACUGCGUAGAGUGGUUGCUAGUCCAUACCUGGUUUAUCCUCUGUACAAAUUAAUCAUUAUAAAAUGAGAUCCAGGCAACGGAGCUUGAACCGUAGCAACUUCCAAACAGUGAAUGAAGUCCUCAGUAGUUGCCAGUUCUGUCCGUCAACACAAAAUAAACUCACCUCAACAAAAUACAGCUGCAUACAGUUUGAUGUUCCAUGUUCCACUCCUGUUUAAAAAUAAUGAAUGUACUCUUUUAAAUAUGUACUCAAAAGUCUUGUAAAUCACACACAUAAAGUGUAGCCUAUUGCUUACUUAGAAGUAAAAAUUAACGAUUAUUAUCUGAAUCAGUUUUACACUUGGAUUGUAUGUUUAUUCUCCAGGCUGGUUAUGGAUAUGGUUUGCCAUUAUCGAGAUUGUAUGCGAGAUACUUUGAUGGAGACCUUCAGCUUUAUUCCAUGGAAGGAUUUGGAACUGAUGCUGUGAUCUGGUUGAAGGUAAUUUUUUUCCUGGAACUUCACUGAAUGAUCCUGCCAUAGGAUUUCAUAUCAAUACUGAAACAUGAGAACAGCAUUUCAGUAGGUCUAAGUUCAAUGUUAAAAGAAUUGAAGUUAUUUGAAGUCCUGAAUAGGAUACUUACUAUCUUAUUAUCCAAAAGGAAAGGACGAAACUGGUCCCAUUGGGUUAAGAUACAAUGUGUUAUAAAGUAAUAUUGUCGGUGGAACAUUCUUGGCAUGUGAACAAGAUCUUGACUGUGGCACUGACCCCACCUUCAGGUUUAGAUUUUGCUUUUAUUCUAAGACUUUAAUACAAAGUUUAUGCCUUGGUACCCUUGACAGAACAAGAUUAUGGAGCCGAGGACUGGCAUUUUCUGCAUUUGAAUCUCUGCUCGGCUGAGGCGCUAAUGGGGGUUCCCAGUGGUGCUAACAGUCGACCUCCAUGCGCUUCCAAACUUUGCGGUCCUGUGCCAAAGUACGAAUUUCCUGAGGAAGGGGGGUUUUCUGGAUUGAUUAGCUUUUCAGCACAUUCGUUGAAAAGAAUUUUGCGUCCUUUGGGUCUUGGUUUACCAUGUGUCGGGUGGUACAAAGCGUAUUUAGAGACUUGUCAAAAACUUGGGCCUCGUGCUUCAUCGUGGGCUCAUACGGCCUCGUGCUUUAAUCUGUUUCUUGGUGUUUGGAACUCGUGUAGAAGCACUCACCCUCGUUUGUGCGUAUUAUGUCAAAAAUGUGAAAGAGUACAAGUGUCCACGAAAAAAAAUAGGCAUCUUUCACGGAAGUGUUUCUUUCGGCUUCAGAGACAUCGUGAAAUUCGUUGUUGUUGUUGUUGUCUUGCUAUAAUUACACAAUUAUUUGUGAAGCCGUGCUUUUAUAAUUUUAUCUACACCACGUAGUGACAGUAGAUUCUUGGUUUUUCUGUCCGGGGUUCUGUGGGGUCAUGGAUCUUGAAUUACUACAUUUAAUAAAUAUUUGUUGGAUGAAGUUGAGACACGUGUUAUCAGCCGAGGCUGGUAACACUUACCAGGACCUAAAUUACCUGUAGGCUGUGAACCAGUGAGAAGACAGAUUCUGAGUACUUUGCGAUAACCGAGCUUUUAAACAAUUUGCAUGACAAUCAUGUCUUUUAGGCAUUAUCUGAAGAGGCAAGUGAAGUUCUCCCUCUAUACAAUACAAGAACACCCAAGAACUAUGAAGAAGUAAGAUUAUCUGCUCAGCACUGUCGAGACUGGAGCUCCUCUAAAUUCUAUGGCCAUGGACACAAAUUUCUAUCAACAUAUCACGGCAGAAUGAGAGCAAGAAGAUUGCAUCACAGUAGGAAAACUGACUCUUCAUAAAGUGGUCUUGGACACUGUCUCACCUGGCUAUUUUACAUAAUGUUUUCUUAUUCAAAAUUAAAAGAAACAUUUACAAAUAUAUCACAAUUUGCAAUGGGAUUUGGAACACUGCGCUGACAUACGUUUAUUUAUUUUGUUACAAGAUAAACGACAACCUUUGAUUCAACAACCAUUGAGUGUUUUUUGACUUGUUGUAAAAAGUAUUUGAUCAUUCGGCACAUGCAACGUAAUCAGAAUUUAGAAUUGUAAGAUAUUUUUAUAUUUCUUCCUUAAGUGGGCAAACUAAUUGCAAUACAAAAUAUGAGUUGUAAAUUUUGAUUAGACUUAAUGUACCAAGUAAGGGGGAACCGUUUUUACAUGUACAAAAACAAUACGAUUAAUGAAAGGAAGGUAAUGCUAACACACAGUGGGUCGUAUUUAAGCAAUUCAAUUGCUGUACAGACUGCACACAAUGUACAUGCUUAUUGUAGGUAAAUACGACAUUGUUCAAUAGCUAUUUUACAUUCCAAGAUCUACUUGGAAAUAGAUCAAGAUCGAUGCAAGUCCCAAGAUUGUUUGAGUUGUUGAACAAAUAAGCAAGAUACAAAAGGUAUUUUCUUGACCAAGUAUUUAUCUCACGUCGAGAAAAGUAAUAUUGACAGUUGUUGGUAGUGUGGGGUGUCAGUCUUCUUUAUGUUGACACGUAGGGAAAAAUAAUUUUUAUCACAUGUGCUUAUUUUAUUGGGCACUUAAAGAUCAGGUUAAAUGUGAUUGAAACGUAUAUGGUCUUAAUGCAUUAAGGGGGCCGCUUUUGUUGUUGUGGUGGUCUCCAGUUAUUUGUCCACAGAGGAAUAACAAAUCUAAAACGUUUUAUCAUUAAAACAUGUCACUUGAUAAGAAGU